AUGUCAAGAGUUUUGUUUCUAUUUGUUAUCUGCUUCAGUGUCACUUCUGCAUGGUCCAUCACCGACGUCACUCAGUUAAGUUCUUCCGAAAAGAAAGUCGUAGAUUGGAUUAAGAAAUACACAGUUCCAAACACCAGGGACACAAAUGGUAAUGCCUGGGUCAAGGAAUCGCUUCCUAAGGUCGUUAGAGACUGGAGUGGUUACGAUUCGAGUAUAAAACCUACGGCUUACGCUGCCGCCAUUGUUACGGCAUGGUCCUUAAAAGAGGGGAUCUUCAGAGCCGGAGAUUUUUACCGAACUACCCAAACCGUGGACAAGCGAUGCAGUUGCUUUGAAUUUCCAGCCCAAUUACCUCCAAAAACCGAUUUUCCUAUUGAAGUCUUCACUUACAACCUCUGCCAAGGGCGAUCCGUUAUCCCUGAUCCGAAAACCAACAACUAUCAGGACAGCUGUGAUUGUAGCUGCACAGAACCAUGUCCUGGACAAAUGAUAGGUCCCAACCAGAAAUGCAUUGGUAGACGUUCGCAAGAGUCCGACUGGCAAAACGGAAUGUUUGGUAUGGAGCAAAGCCAUGUUGCUAGCGCUGCGGAUGUUGCGGCUCGUGCCGAAAACAUAUACCAUAAGAUUUACGGACCUGCUUACACGUACAUGGACGUUCUAGACAACACUCUCACUGUUGCUGGAUUUGCAAAAGGAACGGCUGUUUACGAGAAGGUCAUGGGUUGCUUCCCCAUAAACGCUGGAAAGCGACAAUCGGUGCCGGCCAGUGGGUUGUCAUGGCCCUGUGCUGAUUUAAUAAGCAUGUGGCUUGUCAGAAACCACCUUGUGGGACUGACAGUUGCCAUAAACGACAACCUGGGAUGGCUUCCUUCUUAUCUUAAUGAUGUUAAGGUUUUGGCCAAGUAUUUUAACAAUUAA